GCAGAACGAAACUCCAAGUAUUACCGAUCAGUGCGCAAUUCGUGAAAGCAACAAAGAAAAUGGCAAGACAGUUGAUAUUCGCCGCUUUGGCCGUUGCCCUGGCUGUAGUGGCCGUGAACUCGACGCCUUACUACGGAGGUGCCUACCAGCAAUACGCAGCCGCGCCCAACAAGUCCCACAACUUGAUAAUCGGUAACCGCCAGGCGGGCGACCGUCUCGUCUACCAGGAGAACAUCGUCAAGCCGUCCAAGUGGCUCCAGGUUAUCGAGGUCAAGAAGAGCUUCAACAUAACUGGCUACCUCAUCACUCAGAUCCGUGCUAUGGACCAGAAGACCAACGGUAACGGUGCUAUCGCCAGCCGUGUCGAUGGUGGAGUGGGCUACAGCAAUGUCACCUUGAAAUUCAAGAGCCAGAGGAGUCACGGCAUCAACUUUGUCGUUCAGAUUUACGCUAGACCGCGUUACUAUUGAAAAAUUAUUUGUUGUUAAUCGUUGAAUCGUCUUAAAUAUACGCUUUAAUAUUUAUACAAACAA